CUAACUCCACAUCAGCAUCAUAGAGUUCAUACUGAGGAAAAAUACUACAAAUGAAAGCAUGUGACAGACCUCUAGCUGGAAGUCAUAAGUUGCUGAAUCUCAUCGUUAAUCAUACAGGAGCAAAACUGUAACACGUCAAUAAAGCGGCAGAGACUUUAAGUGGAAUUCAAUCCUUAUUUGUUGUCAAAAAUGUAGUCUUGCUUCAAGAUAUACAACGAUAAUGAAUGAGGAAAGACAUCUUAUUUUAGAAAUCAUCAUCAGAGUUCAGAGAAGAAAAGUAACUUAAAGGAUAGAACUACAUAGAAACAUAGAAACGUAUUUAAUUGAACAUCAAAUGUCCAAUACAUGUCACAGAAUUCACAGCAGAAAGUAGUAUGUGAUUUACUCACUUCAGAUACUGCCUCAGAAGGUAUAAUUCAAGCGGUAUCUUCACAUGGCAGCCUGAGCUUCCAGCCAGAGCCGUGCAAAGAAGCUUCAUUUCAAAACGUUUCAGUGGGUCGUUAUCAACAUAGCGUCCUUGAGAAGUUAAACUUAACAAUAAACUGGGAUCAUGAUUGUAACAGAUAUGUCCAAAUUGAGAGUACUGCCCAUAACAGUACUCUUACUGCCCAAGAUGUUGAGGGAUAUGAAACAUUUUGUAAAACCUUCCUUUUGAAGUCCACUCUUCCCUCAAUGCAGGGUGUGUGUGUAAGCAGGAGCUCCAAUCAACUGUUCAAACGUACAUAUGCAUGGAAAGAGAAUGUGGAAAAUCUGGAAUGUUACCUAGUCCAUGCUGAAAAUAAUGAUUUGAACAGUGUUGAAGAGAGGACUGGAUUGGCCUUUCAGUCAAAUAUUUCUAAACUUCAGAGAUUUAAAAAUGAAGAAACAACUGCUAGGUGGGGUCCAUUUGAGAAGUCCUUCACCGAGGACUCUACCCUUCAAAAUUAUCAGAACAUUUUCAAUGGAGACAGAGUUGCUCGAGGCAGUGAGUGUGAGAAAACGUUUGAUCCAGGCUCACAUGUUAAUAAAAAUCUGAGGACUCAUUUUCAAGAGAACCAUUUCAAACGUAUUAAGUGUGAGGAAUUCAUUGAUAGAAGAUCCAACGUUGUACAUCACAGUAUGCAUAUAAGGGAGAAUCCUAAUAAAGGUAACGAAUGUGAAAGAGAUUUUAACCAGUCCUACAGCAUGAGUGAUCAUCAGAGAAUUCAUGUGGGAAAGAAACCAUAUGGAUAUGAUAACCCUAGGAACGUGUCUAGUGAGUCAUCCAGAACACGUAUACGUAAGACAGUCUGUAGUGCAGAGAAACCUUACCAAUGUAUAGAAUGUGGCAAGGCCUUUCUCCACAAAACAGGCCUCAGUAGACAUCACAGAAUUCAUACUGGAGAGAAACGUUACAAAUGUAAAGAGUGUGGCAAAGCCUUUCAGAACAAAUCACACGUUAUCAACCAUGAGAGAAUUCAUACUGGAGAGACACCUUACCAAUGCAAAGAAUGCGGCAAGGCCUUUAAACAGCUCUCAAACCUUACUCAGCAUAUAAAUAGUCAUACUCGAGAGAAAAUAUAUAAAUGUAAGGAAUGUGGCAAGGCAUUUUCGUACAAAUCAUGCCUCACUACACAUCACAGAAUUCAUACUGGAGAGAAACCUUACAAAUGUAGAGAAUGUGGCAAGUCCUUUAACAGGUGCUCACACCUUACUCAGCAUAUGAAUACUCAUACUCGAGAGAAAAUGUAUAAAUGUAAAGAAUGUGGCAAGGCCUUUUUCCAAAAAACAAACCUCACUACACAUUACAGAAUUCAUACUGGAGAGAAACCUUACAAAUGUAAAGAAUGUGGCAAAGCCUUUCAUUCCAAAUCACACGUUAUCAUCCAUGAGAGAAUUCAUACUGGAGAGAAACCUUACAAAUGUAAAGAAUGUGGCAAAACCUUCAAACAGCUCUCAAACCUUACUCAGCAUAUGAAUACUCAUACUGGAGAGAAAAUGUAUAAAUGUAAGGAAUGUGGCAAGGCAUUUUCCUACAAAUCAAGCCUCACUAAGCAUCACAGAAUUCAUACUGGAGAGAAACCUUACAAAUGUAAAGAAUGUGGCAAGUCCUUUAACAAUUCCUCAAACCUUACUCAGCAUAUAAAUACUCAUACUGGAGAGAAAAAGUAUAAAUGUGAAAAAUGUGGCAAGGCCUUUUCCCACAAAACAAGCCUCACUACACAUCGCAGAAUUCAUACUGGAGAGAAACCUUACAAAUGUAAAGAAUGUGGCAAAGUCUUUCGGCACAAAUCAUACUUUAACAUCCAUGAGAGAAUUCACACUGGACAGGUACCAUACAAAUGUAAAGAAUGUGGCAAAAGCUUUAACCACCUCCCAGACCUUACUCAGCAUAUGAAUAGUCAUAGUCGAGAGAAAAUGUAUAAAUGUAAAGAAUGCAGCAAGGCCUUUUUCCACAAAACAAACCUCACUAGACAUCACAGAAUUCAUGCUGGUGAGAAACCUUAAAAAUGCAAAGAAUAUGAGAAGGCCUUUUUCCAGAGAUUAAAUUUUAACCAUCAUAGAAUUCAUAGUGGAUAGAAACCUUACAAAUGUAAAGAAUGCUUCUAGGCCUUUAACAGGCACUCAUGCCUUAGUUAACAUCACAGAAUUCAUACUGGAGAGAAACCUUACAAAUAUAAAGAAUGUGGCAAGUCCUUUAACCAGCAGUCACACCUUACUCAACAUCACAGAAUUCAUACUGGAGAAAAACCUUACAAAUGUAAAGAAUGUGCCAAGGCCUUUAAUGAGCUCCCAUACCUUACUGAGCAGAUAAAUACUCAUACUCAGGAGAAAAUGUAUAAAUGUAAAGAAUAUGGCAAGGCCUUUUCCCACAAAACAAACCUCACUACACAUCACAGAAUUCGUACUGGAGAGAAAUGUCUCCAAUGUAAAGAAUGUGGCAAAGCCUUUCAGCACAAAUCGUACCUUAACAUCCAUGAGAGAAGUCAUACUGGAGAGACACCUUACAAAUGUAAAGAAUGUAGCAAAACUUUAACCAGCUCCCAACUUACUCAGCAUAUAAAUACUCAUACUCGAGAGAAAAUGUAUAAAUAUAAAGAAUGUGGCAAAGCCUUUUACUACAAGUCAAGCCUCACUACACAUCACAGAAUUCAUACUGGAGAGAAACCUUACAAAUGUAAAGAAUGUGGCAAGUCCUUUAACCAGCGCUCAUACCUUACUCAACAUCACAUAAUGCAUAUUGGAGAGAAAACUUACAAAUGUAUAGAAUAUGGCAAGGCCUUUAAGCAGAAUUCAUAGUGGGGCUUGUCUUACAAAUUUGAAGACUGUGAGAGAAUUUGGAAGGACCGUUGAGCCCUAACUCCACAUCAGCAUCAUAGAGUUCAUACUGAGGAAAAAUACUACAAAUGAAAGAAUGUGACAGACCCCUAGCUGGAAGUCAUAAGUUGCUGAAUCUCAUCGUUAAUCCUACAGGAGCAAAACUGUAACACGUCAAGAAAGCGGCAAAGUCUUUACGUGGAAUUCAAUCUUUAUUUGGUAUCAAAAAUGCAGUCUUGGUUCAAGAUGCACAAUGAUACUGAGUGAGGAAAGACGUCUUAUUUUAGAAAUCAUCAUCAGAGAGUUCAGAGAAGAAAAGUAACUUGAAGGAUAGAACUAUGUAGAAACAUAGAAAUGUAUUUAAUUGAACAUCAAAUGUCCAAUAUAUGUCACAGAAUUCAUGGUAGAAAGCAGUACGUGAGUUACUCACUUCACAUAUCACCUCAGAAGGAAUAAUACAAGGUUAGUCAGUUAGAUAAUGUGUAUGCUAUUCUGCUUCAAAAGAUGGAAGGGAGGGAUAUUUGUAUGGGUGUAAUUUCAGUGUGCAUGCGUUUCCAUUGACUGUAUAAGAGAUUUGUUAUUUGGGAAUAUCACUGUGUUUCUACUCUCUCAACUCCAGAAAAUUCCCUAAUUCCUGGUGUGUGUGUGAAACUACAUAGGUGAUUGUUGGGUCAAGGAUAAGAGAUGCCCUUCUUCCUUAGGUGGGAUCCAUGCACAUCUCUUGCAUGGAAGAUGAAGGACAAUACAACAUACAGUAUAUGAAAGAAAUCGAAAUGGAUAUUCUAUUUGUGGUUCUAACAUUGAAUAGGUCAUCAUGAAGUGGGUGUUCCCAACAUCAUUCUCCGUUUAUUAGAACAAAACAGUUUGUGACUAUUACAAAUUAAAUGACUUACUAAUUGCUCCUUAGGGAAAAGAGAUGGCAGUCCAGCCAACUGUGAUUUAUGUCCAUAAUAGUAAUCAUGGGAAAGUAUGAAUUGAUGUUGUGGAAAAUAAGAAAUCAUCAUAGAUAUCCGAGAAUAGCUCUCUCUUCUGUAAAAUGAGAUACUGUUGUACAGCCACUUUUUAAAAGAGAUGCCGGAGUUGUGAACGUGUUUCAGUAUGCAAAAGUAAGCUGGUAAGAAGUUAAAAUAGACCCCUAGAUGAUGUCUUCUUUAAGCCUCAUGGUACUCAGAAAAUGGAAAAUGUAGUAGUAGAUACAGAAUGGGGAGGGAGAAAAUCAUCUAAGUAUACCCUUUCAGAAAAUCAUUAAAUCGCAGAUAGCCAAUGAAUAAGAAAGAGUCAAGUAAUUCUAAACAGCCAGAAAACAAAGGAAUGACAGCAGUAGCUUCAUACUUGUUUUGUUCCUUGCUUUACCUAUAAAGGGACUAAGUUCCCUAAGCCAAAGAUACAGAUUGCCUGAAUGGAAAGAAAUACAAGACCCAACGGUAUACAGUUAUCAAGAGACUCAUGUCAUUUUUUUAAAACUAUUUUUUUUCAUUGACAAAGAGAGCAGAGAAAAUGCUAGAGCCUGAGAGGGGACAGGGUCAGUGGGAGUAACAGACUCUCUGAUGAGCUUGGAGGCUGAUAUGGGACUCAAUCCGGGGACUCCUGGAUCAUGACCUGAGCCGAAGGCAGACACUUAAUCGACUAAGGCACCCAGGCGCCCUCACUUCAGCUGUAAGAACACAGACUGAAAGUGCAGGUGUGGAGAAUGAUAUUCUAUGCAAAGGGAAUCCAAAAGGAAGCAGGAUAGUCACGCUUCCAUCAGUCAACGUAAACGUUAACCAGAGAGAGUAAUAGAACAUGGCAAAGGUCAUUGUAAAAUAAGGGGCUGACUUUGUGCCGUGUUUUUAAUUGUAUGGUUUUGGCAGAAUGUCAAGAAGGAUUUUCGCCCAUUUUGGUAUUGGAAGUACAGGAUUAGGAGGAGGAUGUCACUCGGGGAACUUACCAUGUUCAGUAUAACACCAAUGUCCUUUAAUCUUGGUGGUGACAGUCCACUUAGCUCAAAACGACUCGUUACUUUGAGAACCACUCUCUGUCUUUCUAGGGUUAGGAAAAAACAGCAGUGGACAACAACUUGAGAGAGACCUAUUGCUUUCAGAUUCUGACGUGUGUGGAAAAACAGGUGCAGUGAAAAUCUUGGCUAUUGACUGUACCAAGUAGCCAGUAGUUUCUCAGACAUACUCGUCCAGGCUCAUAAAUGUGUCCGACAGUAUUCGGUUGUCUACCGUCUUGCUAUGAAACAUUGCAUAGUGAUGCAGUGGGAGCAGGUGAAGCCACAGGGUUUAACGGAGUGCACAGAGUGUGGUGUUUGGGGAAACAGCCACAGGGGAAGAGGACAGAACUUGUGUUAGUUUUCUAGGGCUGCUGGAACAAAUUAGCACAACUGGGGGGCUAAACAAGCCCCCAAAUUCUGGUUCUCACUUCUGGAAGUUCUUAGGUGGCUGAAGUCAAGCUGUUGGCAGAGCCACACUUUAUCUCUGCAAUGGAGUCUUUCCUCUUUGUGACUUCUGGGGACUGUCAGCUCUCCUUGAUCUUCCUGGGCUGGUAGAUGGAUCUCUGUCUCUGGCUUCGUCACCACACAGUGUUGUGUGUGUGUCUAAAUUCCCUCGUCUCAUUAGGACUGCAGUCAUUGAAUUCGGGUUUACCUGACCCAGUAUGACCUCAUUUUAGCUUGACUGCAU